AUGAGUGAAAACGCCAAACGAAGAGUUAAAAAUAAGUCUGUGGCCGAGCUACAGAUUUCUGCAGAGCAGUUAUUAUUGGAGGCUUAUGAACGUAAAGAACAGCCACUUCAGAUACCCCACCAAAAGAUUGUGGAUCUUGAAGAACUCAAUGAAUAUCAAGGCCGUAAGCGACGAGAAUACGAAGAUGCUCUCCGUCGAAACCGCUUGAAUGUUGGACAAUGGAUGCGGUAUGCCCAAUGGGAACUAGACCAGCAGGAGUUUGCACGAGCGCGUUCGGUAUUUGAACGCGCGCUAGACGUCGACUCUACCCAAGUACCUUUAUGGAUCCGGUAUAUCAAGUCAGAGCUGAAAACGCGGAAUGUUAACCAUGCUCGGAACCUGCUUGAUCGUGCAGUAACAAUUCUUCCUCGCAUCGAUAAACUGUGGUUCACCUAUGUUCAAGUCGAAGAGGCUCUACUUAACAUUCCAGGAUGUCGCCAAGUCUUUGAACGCUGGAUGGCAUGGCGACCCGAUGCUCCAGGGUGGCUGGCUUAUAUCGGCAUGGAAAAACGGUACAAAGAGUAUGAUCGAGCACGAGAUGUUUUCCAACGGUUCACAGUGGUGCACCCGGAGCCCGAGAAUUGGAUCAAGUGGGCGCAUUUUGAGGAAGAACUGGGGAGCGCUGAAAACGUGCGCGAGGUGUAUACCCUUGGUGUUGAUACUCUGGCGGCUGCUGGUGAAGAGUUUCUGGACGAGCGAAUCUUGGACUCGUGGGCGAAAUGGGAGGCACGGCAAAAGGAGUGGGAACGCGCACGUGCGAUAUACCAAUAUGGACUGGAGCGACUGGCCAAGAGCCGGAGCCGGAUUUUGUACAACUCAUACACUGCAUUUACAAAACAGUAUGGCGACAAGGACGGUAUUGAGGACGUGAUUUUGUCAAAACGACGAGUCAAAUAUGAGGAAGAGCUCAAGGAGGAUCCCAAUGACUACGAUACAUGGUUUGCAUACUUGACAUUACUGGAAGAAGCUUCUGCGGAACCUGACGAUGUGCGGGAUGUUUACGAAAGAGCAAUUGCCAAUGUACCAGAAAAACAAGAAAAAAGAUACUGGCGACGGUACAUUUUCCUGUGGAUCAAAUAUGCUAUCUACGAGGAGCUAGAGACGCAGGAUAUUGUGCGGGCUCGCGAGGUAUACCGAGAAUGCAUUAAGCUAAUUCCCCACAAGUCGUUUUCUUUUGAUAAGAUAUGGUUACUGUAUGCCAAGUUUGAGAUUCGUCAUGGAGCACUUGCGACAGCACGGAAGAUUUUAGGACAGGGACUUGGGUUGUCAGGUAAGCCGCGAAUCUUUAAGGGGUACAUUGAGCUGGAAAAGAGUUUGAAAGAAUUUGAUCGGUGCCGGGUGUUGUAUGAGAAGUACAUUGAGGGAUAUGCGGACUUGCCUCAGCCCUGGAUUGAGUAUGCGAUGAUGGAGCAGAUGUUGGGUGAUGUGGAACGCGGGCGAGCCAUUUUCGAAAUGGCGGUGGGCGAGCCUGAGAUGGAGAUGCCGGAACUUGUGUGGAAGCGGUACAUUGAGUUUGAGACCGAGGAAGAAGAGUACGAACGGGCACGGGGGUUGUACGAGCGACUGGUGGAAAAGACUGGGCAUGUCAAAGUAUGGAUCUCGUAUGCCCAGUUUGAAGUGUCUACACCGGAGAAUGAGGGAGAUGAAGAUGAAAAUGAAAAUGAAGAAAAUGAAGAUGAAGAUGAAGAAAAGGAAAUUGAAGUUUCAGAAGCAGCCAAAGAACGGGCACGGGCAGUGUUCCAACGUGGAUGGGACUUUUUCAAGGCCAACCAUAAGACAGAGGAACGCGUGAUAUUGAAUGAAGCAUGGCGCGAAUUUGAAACGGUAUAUGGAACACCUGAGACACAAGAGCGUGUAGCCAAACAGACACCACAUGUGGUGACCAAGACACGUAAGCUUGAGGAUGGGUCUUUCGAGGAAUAUACUGAUUACAUUUUCCCCACUGACGAAAAGGCGUCGAGUAUUUCCAAAUUUUUGGAAAAUGCAAAAAAAUGGAAGCUUACUCAGGCUCAGUAG